AUGAGAGCAUUUCUAUGUUCUAUUGGUGAGGUUGUUUGGGAUGCUAUUGAAAUAGGUUGGACAAAGCUAAAGGCAGCCAAAUCCACUUGGAAUAAGGCAGCUCUUGUGGUGUCAAAUGCUAAUAGUAAAGCACUUAAUGCAAUUUUUUGUGGUGUGUCCCCAGAUGAAUUCCAUUGGAUUUCUCAUAUCACCGUUGCCCAGGAAGCAUGGCAGAUUUUGGAAACCACUUAUGAGGGUAUAAAGAAAGUGAAAGACACAAAGCUACAAAUGCUGACUACCCGGUUUGAGGAGCUUAGGAUGAGCAAGGAUGAGUCCUUUGACUCUUUCUAUAGUAAGCUAAAUGAAGUGGUCAUCGGCAAGUUUAACCUGGGAGAGAAAACGGAGGACUCAAAAGUUGUAAGAAAAAUUCUUCGUUCAUUGCCAGAGAGCUUCCAUGCAAAGGUGACUACAAUAGAGGAGAGCAAAGACCUUGAUGAAAUCAAAGUCCAAGAGCUAAUCGGUUCUCUCCAUAUGUAUGAACUUUCAUUACCAAAUCAAAGGAAGAGCAAAUCACUGGCUCUUAAGACAAUAAAUGAAAAGGUAGAAGGUUAUGGUUCAUCGGAUGAGGAUACAGUAGAAAAGGAUGUUGCCUACCUUGCAAAGAAUUUCUGCAAAUUUCUAGAGUUCAAAAACAGUGAGAAAUUUGGUGAUAAAGGGAAAUUUAUGAGCUCCAGAAAGGAGAAGAAAGACUUCAAAAAGAUAGAAGGGAAGGAGUCCCAAUCUACACAAGAUGUUGAAGAAGAUGAAGAUACAGCUGGUUUGAAAGAGAACUACAAUUCUCUAUUUGAGAAGUCAGGAGAAUAUGCUAGGGUGGCCAAAGCAACUGUGAAAAAGAUGAAGAAAGUUGAAGAGGACUAUAAAAGUCUUCUAGUGAGAUAUAAGGAAGCCAAGUGUGAGAUAGAGACACUAAAUGGCGAGCUAACUAAGGCUUACACCAAGGAUACACUGGUGAACAUCUCCAAAGAAGUGAAGAUUGUGAAGGCCAAAGAGCUAGUUGAAGUUUUCCCUACUAUUGAAAAGGCAAAUAUUGAGAAGAAGAAGAAUGUCAUCGACCAGCGAGUGUUGAACAAGCCCCGUAAUCAAUCUGUGGUCAGGUUUGAAGGCAGAUCAAAAUCUCCUCCUCGAUCACAAAGAGGUCCUGGAACGAAUCAUGUGUGCCAUCAUUGCGGACUUCAAGGGCACACCCGACCCAAUUGUCAUAAGCUGAGAGCAUUGAGGAAUGCUGGUGACCAAAGGUCAAGAAGACCAAUAAAUGAUAAGAGGACUUGGGAUGUUGAGUCAUCAAGAGAUCGAAAUGUUAAUCCCAAAAUGAUGGACGUGAUGAAGAUGAUUGGUGCAUUCACCAAUUGCUGGGAAAGCUUCACUAGAAGGUUUGAAAGUCCUAACUCUCGUACCUAA